AAACUGGGAAGCCCUGGCCUUUGAGUGCUCUAGUUGGAAGUCAGCUGUGACCAGCAGUGCUGUGGAAUUUGAAGAGGCAUGAAUGGAGGGAGAAAAGGAGAAACGUGCCAAGAGGAAGGUGCAUCAAGUCAACCCAGUAAGCUGUGUCGGAAUUGUGGGAGUUGAAGUCCAAAACACCUGGAGGAAGGAAGUUUGCCCAUGCCUGCUCUAACAUCUUUAAACUUGGACAGGCUCAUACAAAGUUCUCCGUGACAUUCUUACAACCAAGCUCGCAAAUGGGUGGGGAGAAUGAAAACAAAGCAGCCCAGAAAUAAAGUUUCCACUACAGUACUUCCUUUUUUCUCAAUAAACUGCCUCUACUCCUUUUUCUUUCUAAACUGGUUUCAUUUUCCAAGUGGCACACCCAUGACUUUGCUUUUCCAUUAAGCAGACACUUACAUUUUGAUUGAAAGCCUGUACAGCACAGGAAAAAAGCACUUGAAGGGUGCUUGAAUGGCUAAGGGAGGAAAAAAGAGAGAACCUUGAAGCCGCAGGAACAGAUGGAAUUGCUGCAUGACAGUUCGUAUUCGCUUGGCAAGACAGAAAAUGACCAAGCCAACACUACAUGAAAUGUAGAUGGUUGGCACCCAAACCUUCUAUCUCAUUAUGCCCCAAAUCAAUCUAAUCCCUGUGAGGCUUUGCACUCUGCUAUCCCUAUUCACGUGGUCACAAUGGAGUGCUGAUACAUUUGGGUUCAGUCACUGCACUCUUUCCCCAAACAAAGUAGGCCUUGCUCUCUGUAAUGGCCAUGCCAUCUCCAACCUGAAUUCUGCCAUUUCUCUUCUGCCCAACUCAACUGUUUGGCUCAAUGCCUCCCAUAAUAUUGUGGAGGAUCUCACCUCUUCGACCUUCCUUCAUCUUCCUUACCUUCUGGAACUUUAUCUGGACCACAAUUACAUAUCAAGAAUCGAAUCAAAUACUUUUCAAAGCUUGGGAGACCUAGAGGUGCUUGAUUUGAGCUGGAAUAAGUUGGCAUUUGUGGGCCCUUCUAUGUUGAUCAACUUGAGAAACCUACGUGAGCUGCGUUUGGGUAACAACAGAAUCACCACAUUGCACCCCAACUCCCUCAUGUUCCAGAUGUCUCUCCAGAAACUAUAUCUCCCUUCUAAUAACCUCUCCAGUCUGCAGGAGGUGGCAACAGCUGUGAAAGGUUUACUCAACCUCACCUUUCUGGAUCUGGAUUUAAAUCAAAUCUCCACUCCAUGUAUGGGCCCUGACUGGAUUACUUUACCUGUUUUGAGAAACCUCAGUUUAAAUACCAAUGGCAUUUCCAGACUAGACUUUUCCAAUUGUUCCUUUCCUAAUCUUCACCAACUGAACUUAACUCGUAACAACAUGUCAACAGUGAAAGUGGGAUCCUUUCGAGCCACACCUAAUUUGGUGGAGUUAUUCCUGGACAUGAACCCUCUACAUAUGUCCCAGCUCAUAAAUGUUUCUCUUCCUAAUCUGACCAUGUUGCAUUUGUCCAGUAUGGAACCAUCAUUAAAUAACACCAUGCCGGAACUUUGCUCUGUCUUACAAAGUUUUCCGUCUUUGACAUCUUUGGAUAUCAAGCGUUCCAAGACUAAUUACACUCAGCUAAGCCAGCUGGGUUCCUGCUCUAACCUUACAUGGUUAGAUUUGUCCACCACGGAGUACAGAAAACUUCAAAAUGGAACUUUAAGCAUGUUUCAGAUCUUGGAGUUCCUCUCUCUAGAUAAGUGUAAGAUUCUAAAGCUCAGUCCUAGUGUUUGGGGUAAGGAGAUGCGUUUGCGUACACUAAUCCUGAAAAGAAAUGCUAUCUCCGAGUUGCCAGAUUCUGUCUUCCGUCCAUUGACAGACCUGAGUUAUCUGGAUCUUUCAAAGAACCGCUUGACCAAUCUCCAGCAGGGGUCUUUUUUUGGUAUGCCAGCACUACGAACACUCCUCCUGCAGAGCUGCCAGAUCACGGCUGUUACUCGUGCCACUUUUCAUUACGCUCGGAAAAUUGAAUUCUUGGACUUGAGAGAGAACAGCAUAAAAGUACUCAAGGCCCGUGCCUUCCUGCUCAAUCACAUGGAGACCCUUCUGCUUUCAGGAAAUAGAAUCCACACAAUUAAAAGAAAUGCGUUUCUUGGUCUCACUUCCUUGAGAUUCCUCUUCUUGAAUCGUAACUUCCUUUACAAGUUGUCUCUGAAACUUUUUACACCCCUUAAAAAACUGGAAACCUUGGACCUCAGUCACAAUUCUCUCUUUACAUACAAUCGAUAUGAUUAUCCAAGUCCUUUUGCAGGCCCCUAUUCACUUCGUGAGCUGGACCUUAGUUUUCAGAUUUCUAGAUCACCCAUCUGUCCCCCAGACAAACUUUUUGGAGGGCUGGAGCAUCUACAAUACCUCUCCCUAAAGGGCAACCCCAGUAUCUUGUUCCUCAACCUCUCAUUUGCCAACCUGAGUAGCUUAAAUACCCUUGACCUCUCUCAAAUCCAGCCAUAUAAGAAUGGCUCCUGGAAAUUACGUCCAAACAUCUUCCAAGGUCUCGGCAGUCUACAUCAACUUUUGAUGGAAGACAGUUCCCUCACAGAUCUGCCUGAAUGGAUCUUUUCUGGUUUGGCCUCUCUGAAACUGCUGUCCCUGAGCAAAAAUGACCUGAGGAAUGUCAGCAAAAACCUGCUUGAUGGACUCUCCUCCUUAAAAUAUCUGGAUGUCUCUGAGAACCCUCUGACGUGCUCUUGUGAAAAUGCCUGGUUCCAAAACUGGUCUGUGUCUGAUCCAAAUGUCCAAGUGGCAUUAUUGGGUACAUACCAUUGUUUUGGGUCUGGUGUGACUGAUCGUCUGUUUAUUGAUGAAGACCUGAGUUUCUGCUUUGAGAACUGGGGCAUAUACUUCUUUAUUGUCACCACAGUGGUUAUUCUCUUUUUACAGCUUACUGCUUUGAUCAAUGCCAAGUUUGGAUGGACUCUCAGGCAUGCUUAUUACCUGUUAAGGGGCUGGGGUCAGAGACAACUGCGUCCAAAAGGACAGGACUACCAGUAUGAUGCCUACAUUUCUUGUUGUAAUCAGGACCAUGAAUGGGCAGUGAAGAACAUUCUGGAAAAGCUGGAAAAUGAAGGAGAACCCCGCUUCCGGCUCUGUUUUGGGCCUAGAGAUUUUGCCCCUGGAGAAUAUUACAUAGACAAUGUGCAGAAUGGAAUAAGCCAAAGCUGCAAGACCUUGUGCCUUGUGAGUCAGAAUUAUCUUGAAAGUGAGUGGUGUUCACUAGAGGUUCAACUCGCUUGUUCUAAGAUUUACUACCAUGGGCAGGACCCUCUGGUUGUGGUGUUUAUGGAAGAAAUCUCAAAUUACAGGUUGUCUCCUUACCAUCGCUUGAGGAAACUAAUUAAACAAGAAAGCUACCUCACUUGGCCUGAAGAACCUGAGGCUGAGGCUGUGUUCUGGACCCGGCUGCGUGAGGCCUUGAGCCCUGGAGAGCAAGAACAAGAGUUCAAACCAUUCAAUAUAGUUGAGUAGCUUCUGGCUGAGAAGAAGAUGCUCAUGGUUUGACAUAAUAUCACUUGGUUUUCUCUGAAAUGAUAAAAAGCACUUAAGAUGGAAUGAUGGGUAGUAUUUGAUGCAACCACAAAUGGUACUUUUGGGUGCCAUGAUUUUUUUCCAGGUCUGGAUACUUCAUUAAUAUUUAAAUCUUCUUGCAUAAGAAGCCUCCUGGAAUCCUGACUUGUUUCUCACAUUUUUCUCAGUGGAUGGUAAAACUAACUAGAAGAGAACAAAGCUGUAUAUUUGUUUUUGAGGAAAGAUUAUUAUACAUCUACAAUGAAAGACUUGGAUUCUGUUGCCAGUCCUACCUAAAAUGGACUCAUUGGAUCAAUGGGAUUUACCUAUGUUUUUAUCUACUAUUCAACAAUUUAUUGAAUUGAUCUACUCUAGUUGAGACUGACCAACAGGAUUCCAGCCAAGAUUGAUUAUUUUUAAUGGUAUGAUUUGCAUGGUAGUUGAUGGAUAAUAAUAAUAACAACAACAAUAGCAACAAGCACGACAGCUCAAAGAUCUGAAGAUUACAUUUAUAUUUAUGUCAAACUUACACAUUUUCUCAUUUUGAAAAGAUAUCCAUGUGUGUUAGUUUGGGGACAAGAUAAGUAUUGAAGGUGAGAACAUGAAAUUACCUGAAUUUGAUAAGAGGGCUAGGGAAGAAACAAGAGAGUUACAGCCUAUUGCAGUGGUUCUCAAUUGUGGGUUCCCAGAUAUUUUGGCCUUCAACUCCCAGAAAUCCUAACAGCUGGUAAACAGGCUGGGAUUUCUGGGAGCUGUAGGCCAAAACACCUGGGGACCCGCAGGCUGAGAACCACUGGCCUACUGUAUUCUUGAUCUAGAUCCUGCAUUAUGUAUUAUUUGGGCUAGCAGUGACUAUCUGCUGCUCAGUGGUUACCAUCUAUUCUCAAUCUGCUGUAAAUAGGGAGGGUUCUUUUUUGAUUCAAAUAAAGGCACUAAUAUAACUA